GCGUCUCCAAGCCGACGUUACUCUGCUCAACCUCUGCUGUGCUUUUUCCUCAGAUUUAUCUGCAGCUCAUCGGCCGUGAAAUCAUGAAUCUGUGGCUCAGCUCUCACUUCCUGGUUGUGGGUUUGCUUGUGUGCAGCGCAGCGCCGACACCUGAAGAAUGUUCACAGCUGGUCUCCCCGCUCUCUGACAUGGGCUCCAAGAUGUUAGGCAGUUGGAACUUUCUGACUGGUUACACUGAAAGUGAAUUAUUCAAGGACAUCCUGAAGAUCACCCAAAGCUCAAGGAUGAACAUCACAAAGAGCAGCAAUGAUGGAGUUGAAUUUUCUGAGUACAACAAGAUGAAAGGACAAUGCAUCAGCUCGGUGGCCAACGCGAAGAUCGACGGUGACACAGGAACAGUGUCGAAAAUGAACGUCACGUCUGUGUUCCAAUUGUUAUCGAGCAGUGACGACUGUCUGGUCUUCAACAUCAACAGCACCAUCGGGAACCUGGAUCAGAUGAUGAGCUUCAUGAACGUCAGCUUCUCUGGAGCCGAGGGGACGACGAUUCACUCUCUGUAUCUGAUGGGCCGGGAGUCGACAGUGAAGGAUUCGGACAUGGAGAGAUUCAAGCAUCUGGCGACCUGCCUCGGCUUCUCCGGAGAACCAGACUUUCACCACGACCUAAAGAAUGGUUUCUGCACCGAGGGAGAAUCCAUCAAGUUGCCAUUCUGAAGUCGAAACUCAACGGUCGUCAAUAUUUCAGACUGAGCAACAAGAAGUUAAGACACAAAUUUCUCCAAGCAUCCAACCUUUUGUCUGUGGUUUUAUUUUCAUUAUUUACCGAGAAUAAAUGGUCGUCACUGCAAAA